UAUCGACGCCAAUUUUCCUAUAGCUCGUUGAGCAAUAAUGUAAAUGACUACAUUUGACCUCGCUCGACAAAGAUGAUUCAGUUUGCACCGAAAGUUGAGUUCAUGAGAACCGUUUCACACGUUUCUUUACCACAUGCGCCCCGCCCGCCCGUCUACACCCCACCCCUCAACUGAAUUUUUCUGCUAUAAAAGAGCAUGUUGAACCAUAUUCCCACUACAGUGUCACAACGAAUAUUGCGUUGAAAUCAUGGAUCCGCAAGCUUCAUCACAUACCAAAUCCGACAACAAUACCAUCACCACUUGGUGCUGCCAGUGCUGGUUGUCCACCACCACAAGCGGCGGCGGCGGCUGUGACGGUGGCUGUAGCAGCUCCACUUCGCCAUCGUCACCCGGACCACAACCGAUGGCAACAGCAAAGGCACUGUUAAAACAAGACGAUGGGGACAAGGGAAAAACAAACUGCCUAGAGAGCGCUUCUGAGAGCGAUACGAGCGAUGAAAUGAAAUCUUUUUAUCAAGGAUGUAAAAGCAAGUGGAUAAAAGCGUUCCAAAACAAUACUCUGAUUAAUAGAUGGCGCCUCCCCAUGCCAUUUCACACAUUUAGAGCGGAAGUAGCGAGAUUGUUAAAACGAUUGUAUAUCGAAGGUCACCAUGACGAUUGUCAUAUUUACCUGUUAAUUGUAAUGUGGGACGAUUUAAACGAUGACGUAGAAGAGAUAGUGGGAGAUGCUCAAAUCAACUAUCAAGACUGGAUUGCGUUAUUAGGUGGCGUUACAGCGGAACUAUUUUCACGCGUGGUGUUCAAUACUAAAUCUUUUAACUAUUUAAUCAAUGUAAUAUUUUGUGUGCUAGGUCCAAACAUAAUAGCUUCCGGUGAUUAUGAAUGUGAACCUAAAUGUAAGAAUGCUCGUACAUAUUAAGGUGAUGAUGCAUUUAUUCCUUGUCAUUGUUUAAUUUUAAAUUGUUAGCUCGCUGCGAAUGUAAAUGUUUUAAUGUACACGUAUUAAUAAUAAAUUCAUAUUACUGAAUA